AUGGCACCCAGUGCAAACCCCAAAUCAGGAAUUCAACCUAAAUCCAUCCCAACGAAAGAUGUCGAACCCAUGGCCGCUAUGGCCCACCAAGGCAAGGCGCUCCCUGGUAUCCCCUCGUUUGAUUCCUACGCUCAGCAGCGCCAGUGGCAGCUAGAGCACAUGGCCGGCGCAUUUCGCGUCUUUGCGCGCGAAGGAUAUGCCGAGGGGAUAUCCGGGCAUAUCAGCGUACGAGACCCGGAGUUCGAAGACCGAUUUUGGAUAAACCCGCUGGCUGUACACUUUGGUAUGCUGAAAGCGAGUGAUAUGAUCUGUAUAACUGUGGACGGGGAUGUUGUUGGUGGAAAUACAGAGGGUUCAAUCAAUGCCGCGGGUUUUCAGAUUCAUUCUUCUGUGCAUAGGGCCCGCAAGGAUGUGCAUGCUAUAUGUCACACGCAUUCGGUUCAUGGUAGAGCAUGGUCGGCGUUUGCAAAACCGCUUGAGAUGAUCAAUCAGGAUGUAUGCUAUUUCUAUAAGGCGCAUUCCGUGUACUCAGAUUACGGGGGAAUUGCGAAUGAAUCCUCGGAGGGGCAGAGAAUUGCAAAGAGUUUGGGAGAUGGGAAAGCUGUAAUUUUAAUGAACCAUGGUCUCCUCACUGUUGGUCAGACGGUGGAUGAGGCAGCCUUUUUGUUCUGUUUGAUGGAGAGGAGUUGUCAAGUCCAGUUGUUGGUGGAUCGGACAGGGCUCGAGAAGCGGAUUGUGAGCGAUGAGGAGGCAAAAUAUAACUUCGAGAUGGCUAGCACUCCGGACACGCUUUACGUUGAGUUCCAACCACAUUAUCGAUACGAGGAGUAUUUAUCCAACGGCGACUUCAAGAAUUAG